UCAUCAACUAAACCUAAUUAUUUAAUGCUUGUUUGUUUGGUGAUAUGGCUGAUCAGCAGCAGCGAUCCCACAACACCUCAGAUUCUCGCCGGAAAUCACUAGCCGGUAAACGAACCUCACAACAGACUCCGACGACGUCAUCUCUAAGUUCCGGUGGAGGAGCCAUGGCGGCUACGACGACGACGGGGACAGGAACGGCGUCUCCUUGCGGGGCUUGCAAGUUCUUGAGAAGGAAGUGUGUGAGUGGAUGCAUAUUCGCUCCACACUUCGGGUCUGACCAAGGAGCGGCUCGGUUCGCGGCGGUCCAUAAGGUUUUUGGAGCCAGCAACGUGUCGAAGCUGUUGCAUCAUAUCCCUGUGAACCGUCGCCACGACGCGGUUGUUACGAUCUCAUAUGAGGCUCAGGCUCGACUCUCUGAUCCUGUCUAUGGCUGCGUCUCAACCAUCCUUGCUCUCCAACAGCAGGUGGCAUCGCUACAAGCGGAACUAUCGGUGGUGCAAUCACAACUUAUAAACAGUAGAGUCGCAAUGGCCAACGUUAUGCAACAACAAACUCAUCACCAACAACAACAACAACAACUAGUCGUUAUGCAGCAACCAGAAUACUCCAACAACUCAUCUGCCUCCACCACUCUCGCCGGAGCCGCCAUGAACAGAUUCACAGUGGCGGCCGAGGCAGCAGCCGUCAGCUAUGACGUCAUGGCUCCGACUAACUUAGAACAUUCGCUGCAGCCGCCAAUGCUACGGCAUCAGCAAAGCAGAGGAGAUCAUCAGCACGAGGACGAGGAAGAGAGCGGUGGUGCUGAUUUCUCGGUGGCUGUUGGAUCUACGACGGUUGCUUCUGAAGUUAUCUUUCCGGCGGAGGGUUUUCACCGGAGAUGAAUAUAUUCACCUAGAAUCGUCUUUAAUUUAUAUCUAUCUCCUUUCAUGAUAAUGUUAAGAAAGAGAAGAGAAUAAUAUUAUAGUAUUCAACAUACAUAGGGUAUAGCAUACCAUACAUGUAGAGUUGUCGUGAGAUAUUUGAAUGAGAUCAUUAUCAUAGGGGUGAAACUAUAUUUGAUUUUUACAA